AUGUUCAGCUUUUUCAACUGGUCGAAAUCCUCCCCUGAAACCCCCACUACGCCUGCGAUCACUAUGGAGCAACCCGCCAGUCAAUCUACUCCUUCGAAUGGGGUCAUUACGGAGCAGCCAACCACCCAAGAACCAAUGCAAAUGAAAUUGCGUGGAGGUGGUGAAGCUGGUGAUGUCUGUUGUGGAGUGUGUGCUGGCUUGGCAUGCUUUGAAUGCUGUGAGGAAUGCUGUUAA